AACUGCAGAGCAGAAAUAAAGAAGGGAGCUUCUCACUUUAAGGGAUUACAGCAAGUCCAUGCUGAAGAGGACCCUCCUCCCCCAUUACUCACACACAUAGCCCUGCCUGCAGGAACGAAAAAACUUAUCACAACAACGGUCCCCUAGCAGAUCUACAGCACCCAUCAUUUAGAAGUUUGAGGCUGGAAAUCCUCUCUCUUUCCUUAAAACUUUAAUUUUUUUUAAAUGCCCAUUCUGAAUUUUGACAACUGAUCUCCAACGGACUGUGGGCAUUCAUUCACUUACUUGUCUCUGGAGUGAAGUGCUGUUUAAUACAUGCAAUGAACGAAAGAGGACUUGAAACCUUAUUGCUUCGUAUCUAGAAGGCUUAUCAUUCCUAACCAAGGUGUCUUCAGCUUGCCCCCUCUCCUUCUGACAGAUUUCACAGUCAUCUCCUAAUUUUACCAGCACGUACAGUUAAAGGGACUUUUCAGUUACUGCUUGCACUGGGAUAAACUCCACCGACCACCUGAAGAUGCCCAGAUAUGCCCUUCAAGACUGACUCCUAGCAGUGUUGCUAUUUCUGGGGGCACAUCACAUGACAUUCCCAAGUCAGGAGGGUCCAGGACUCUUUGGUUUGUUUUGAUAUUAAUAUAUAUAUUCCUUAUCCCAUCUGGUUCAGCUUUUCAUUUACUGGAAGAAGCAACACAGGAACCCGACCUCCUUUGUUGGUCUGGAUAUUCGGUGCAUGGCUUAGGACUCCAGUGUAUGCAAUUAGGCAACCAAAGCAUCUGUAAAGAUUCCCACGUGUGUCAUUUCCACGCUCCGGAGAUGCUUUUCCACAGUCUAUCAGGGGGGGAGAUGCACGGGGUCAUCGAUGAGAUGGACAGAAGAACCAAGAACGAUGUCUCUGCUAUCAGCUCUGUAAUUGAUAGAGGGGAAACUGAAACGAUUAUGCCCUCCAUCAGCAGUGACCGGGCUGCACUCUGUGCUGGGUGUGGAGGGAAGAUUUCAGACCGGUACUACCUCUUGGCAGUUGACAAACAAUGGCACAUGCGUUGCCUAAAGUGCUGUGAAUGUAAAUUAAACCUGGAGUCGGAGCUUACCUGCUUUAGCAAAGAUGGAAGUAUAUACUGCAAGGAGGACUAUUACAGGCGGUUUUCAGUCCAGAGAUGUGCCAGGUGCCACUUGGGAAUCUCUGCCUCUGAGAUGGUAAUGAGAGCCAGGGACUUAGUGUAUCACCUCAACUGCUUUACCUGCAACACUUGCAACAAGAUGCUCACCACUGGGGACCAUUUUGGGAUGAAGGACAAUUUAGUAUACUGCCGGCUCCACUUUGAGACUUUGAUACAGGGAGAAUACCAAGUUCACUUCAAUCACUCGGAUGUAGCAUCAGGGAAGGGCUCAGGACUUGGCACAGGGGCUGCCUCUUUGGGGCUGCCUUACUACAAUGGCGUGGGAACUGUCCAGAAAGGGAGACCAAGAAAGAGAAAAAGUCCAGGUUCUGGGGCAGAUCUAGCUGCCUACAACGCAGCUUUAAGCUGCAAUGAAAAUGACGGAGACCAUAUGGAUAGAGACCAGCAGUACACGUCCAAUCAGAAAUCCAAAAGAAUGAGGACCUCCUUCAAACACCACCAGCUACGAACAAUGAAGUCAUAUUUUGCUAUCAACCACAACCCAGAUGCCAAGGACUUAAAACAGCUUGCUCAGAAGACAGGUUUAACCAAAAGGGUUUUACAGGUAUGGUUUCAGAAUGCACGAGCCAAAUUCAGACGGAAUCUUUUACGACAAGAGAACAAUGGAGUUGACAAAACAUCUGAUUCUACACUUCAAGCUGGGACUCCAUCAGGGCCAGCAUCUGAAAUUUCCAAUGGCUCCAUGAGUCCAUCUAGCACCCCAACAACAUUAACAGACUUGACUAACCCUACCAUGCCAACUGUGACCUCCGUCCUGACAUCGGUGCCUGGCAGCUUGGACAUACAUGAGUCUCGAAGCCCCCCACAAACAACUCUUACGAAUCUCUUCUGAUGACUCUUUAAAAAAUUUCUUUACGAAAGAAAUUAUUUUUAGUCAAUUUCCAAGUGUAUUUUAAUAGAAACUUUGUUCAAUGACUUCAUUACAUUGUUGGGGAUAGUCCUGUUGGAAAGCUUGUCAUUGCUGUUGUUGAAGGACAGCUUGGAAGAAGUAUUUGCAGCACAACAUUUGUGUAACUGUACAGAACCGUGGACUCAACAAAAGAACAAUUAAUUUAAGUUGGCUGAAUCUUCUGUAUUCUCAAAGAUUGUUACGUGCCUUAUAUACUGUCCUAUGAGCAUACAUUUUCUCUGUAUAUUUAUAACCAGAACAAAAUUGUUACAAGUCUGUUAUUUUCAUAAUAGUCACCCAGAUUGUUGGUUUACACAUUUUUGAAUGGAGUCUUUCCUCUACAAUGUUAAUGGAAAAUUUGAGCCGUAAUUGGUCAAUGACAGACAUAUCAUACUAAAGUUUCUACUGGUAUUUUGACCCGGGAUUAGUUAACAGGCUCUGCAUUAGUCCAGACGCAAUCAUUUAUUUGAUUGUGACAUUUCUCUCUGUUUAUUUGUAACUGUAUCACUAGAUGAGUGCAUACAAAUAUUACAACCAACAGAGGGGCCCAUUUUGGUCUUUGCUUGAUCUCUAGUUUCAUUUGUUUCAAAACUAUGUAGCGCUUAUCAAGCAUUUUCCCUGGGCAGGCGAAGAACAAAGUAUUAUAAUAUUAAUUUUGCUCCAUUUUCAUCAGAAAUUCUUUCAUUGGCUGAUGGCCAAUCAACUGUUCCAUCUACCAGUGAUGGAGAUUAGAAGCAGAGAAAAUACAUACCAUUAAUUUAACCUUCCAAUCUUUCACUGUGAAAACUGAUCAAUAAUUGGAGUAAAAUUAUAUUUGCUGGCACUCUGAAAAAUGGAAACAAGCUACUAGUUUAUUUACAUUUCCAGUAUUAUUUCUUUAACAAAAUGUUUCAAAAUUGGUCUGAAAAAUUGGGAUUUUUAAGAAAGUAUGUGCAUAAAGGUGUUUAUGGCUUGUUUUAACAUACAUUGUGGGGAUCAAUGGGUGGCACCAGAAACCCCUUGCUUGCUAAAGACUAAAGCACUGUAACCUUUUUAUUGUCCAGACUGCAUUUGGUACCUUUAGAAAUACAUUAUUGAGAUAACACAGGAGUAGCUUGUAUAUUUUGAUGUUUUAAAAAAAAACAAGACAGGGACCCAAAGAGAGGUCUUCAGUUUCUGCAUAUACACACCAAAAUUUGCACUUAAGAAAUAUUGUUAGUGUUGAGCAAAAACUGUAUGCAGAAGAGGAGAUUCAGAGAGGCACAUCUCCACACUCCUCUAGAGGAAAAAUAUCCUGCCUUGUGCCACAUCUGCCUGAGAUAUUAUGGAGUAUGCUGCAGACCACUCUGAUUUGAGUUUCCGAAGGUAUUUUGAAUUC